UCCGGUCCGGUGAGCGCAUGGCGGAGCCCGGUGGAGCCGCGGGCCCGGCCGCCUCUCGGGAGCUGCUGACCGUGGGGCGCCGAGGGGGGCUGGAAGAAACCUUGUUGAUCAGUUCAAAACGUAACAGCAAGAAGGCCACGAGUUUACAGACAGUUAGGAUGCCAAGGAGUAGUGUCUUAGACCGAGUACAGAACUUUUUACCACAGAUGGCACAUGCAAAUGAUGAGCUAAGAAGAAAAAUGGUAACAGCACCAGCUGACCAAUUUGAUAUUGAAAAUCUAGACAGUGCAACAGAAAAAGUUAUAGAAAUGAAUGUGGCCGUAGUUGAACUGAGUGAUUCUGACACAGAUGAAGAGAUAUUAACUUCAGAAGAUGACUCAGAAUCUGAAGAUGACUGUAUAGCUGAUGAAGUCACAAUAGACAACAUUAAGUUUCCGAAACAAAAGGGAGAAAAGGGCAAAAUAGAAAUUUUGGACAGCAAAGUGAAUGAGUAAAUCCAUUUUAUUUCCCUUUAAAAAACGCACAACAAAAACACACACACAAAAAAAACCUGCAAGCCCAAAUCAUGGCUCCUUACUUUGAAGACUUGGCCCUUAAACGACCUUGUUUUCCCAGGGUAGCAUCCAUCAGGAUCUUAUGAAAUGCUACGGUUUACAUAGUGGAGAUCCACUCAUGACAAAGGCAAGCUGGAUUUCUGAGGAAUUAAGUAUGGUUUUAUUCAUCAAGCAAUGUGGAAGUGAACUUCAUUGUAGGUUAGACUAAGAAAGCAGCUAGAAUUUGGGCCACUUGAACUAGUUAAAGGUCUUGGUUUUUUGCUUUUAUUGAAGAAAGAUUUUUGUAGUAUGCUUGAAGUUCUUCCUUCAAGGGCAGGAAAGAGUUAACUGAGAGAAGAGCUUUGGUUUUUAUAAUCCAGGUCCUGUGAAGUGUUAUGUACAAGGUCUUCAAUAUUAAACAUUAUCUUAAAGUA